CUUGUUGUAUCUGACUGCAACCAGGCUUGAUAUAAUGUUUGCAGCCAGUUUGCUAUCAAGAUUCAUGCAUAGCCCCACAAAGAAGCACAUGGGAAUUGCAAAAAGGGUUCUCAGAUACAUUCAAGGCACUCUCAACUAUGGCAUUGAAUUUAUAAGGGACAAGAAUGCUGUUCUGAUUGGUUUUUGUGACUCAGAUUGGGCUGGCAGUGAAGAUGACAGUAGAAGCACAUCUGGAUAUGCAUUCAGUUUUGGUAGUGGAGUUUUUUCAUGGGCUUCAGUCAAGCAAAACACAGUUGCAUUGUAA